UAAUCAAGCGUUUAGAUAGCCACGAUCAAAUGUAGGGAAUUAACAAUGGAAUUGCACAAUUUUCGUUGCUGCGAGCCAUCUUUUGAAGAAAGAAACAGUUUUAAAGAGAAAGAGACAACAACUGAUACAUCUAUUGAACAGGUUCAAGUGGAAGAGUCAGUCAGAAAAUGUUUCAGCAGUUUUAAACACCGAUUAGAAGUGGACCAAGAAUGCAUUUUGCCAAGACUGGAGAGAGACAUGCAUGUUGGUUUCCUUCUAAAAGGCUUGACUCACCUUUCUGAAUCAUACGAGUGUCUGGAUGCUAGCCGACCCUGGUUGUGUUACUGGAUCCUCCACUCCCUGGAACUGCUGGACAAGCCUCUCAGUGAUGAAACCAUCUCCCAGGUGGCUCAAUUCCUUGGUAAAUGCCAGUGUCCAACAGGUGGAUUUGGAGGUGGACCAGGUCAGGUGGCUCAUCUGGCUCCCACUUACGCCGCAGUCAAUGCCAUCUGUGUACUCGGAACCGAGGAGGCGUACAGGAUUAUUGACAGAGAGACCUUGUACGAAUUCCUAAUGAGGAUGAGAACCAGCCAUGGAUCCUUCAAGAUGCAUGAGGGAGGGGAGGAGGAUAUCAGGGGAGCUUACUGUGCUGCUAGUGUUGCUAGACUGACCAAUAUUAUGUCCCCUGAACUGUUUGACGGAACUCCAGAGUGGAUUGUACGGUGUCAGACAUACGAGGGUGGGUUUGCAGGCUGCCCAGGUAUGGAGGCCCAUGGUGGCUACUCUUUCUGUGGUAUCUCAGCCUUGGUCCUUCUCAAUAAGACCAACCUCUGUGAUAUACAAAACCUACUGCGAUGGACUUCCAACCGUCAGAUGCGUUACGAAGGAGGCUUCCAGGGUCGGACCAACAAGCUGGUGGACGGAUGUUAUUCAUUCUGGCAGGGCGGGGCCUUCCCACUCAUACAUAUGGUCCUGUCACUGAAAGACAAUGGUUCACUGAGUGCCGAGAGCUGGCUGUUUGACCAGAGGGCCCUCCAGGAGUACGUGUUGGUAUGCUGUCAGUAUCCAGGAGGGGGACUCAUUGAUAAACCUGGCAGGAGUCGUGAUUUCUACCACACGUGUUACUGUCUGAGUGGACUGUCUGUCGCACAACACUUUGCUGGAGGAAAACUAAGCCAUGUUCUAAAUAUUGGGCAUGAAAACAACAUACUUAGAGCUACCCACCCAGUGUACAAUGUGUGCGUGGACAAUGUGGUCCAUGCUGAGAUGUACUUCCAGCAGCUAACACAUCCUAAACACGUCACCACUGAAUAACGGACUUAAAUGCUAUUCUUAAAAAAUAUAUAGAAUAUAUAGAAAACCAGUAUGUUAAUUGGACUGAUUUAUUGUAAAUCCUCUUGAAUUUGAAAUCUUUAAAUGUACUUAAAUUUUUAUUUUAAGUUUCCACUUUUUAGCUUUUGUGAUCGGUCUUUGUCCGUUGUCUGUCCAUCCGUCGUCCACAUUUGGUUUGUAAACACUCUAGAGGCCACAUUUCUUGUCCGAUCUUUAUGAAACUUGGUCAGGAGAUUUGUCCCAAUGAAACCUCGAUUGAGUUCAAUACUGGGUCUUGCUGGGUCAAAAACUAGGUCACUAGGUCAAAAAAAAGAAAAACCUUGUAAACACUGUAGAAGUCACAUUUUAUGCCCAAUUUUCAUGUAAAUUUGUCAAAAUGUUUGUCUUAAUGAUGUGUUGGUUGAGUUCAAAAGUGGUUCCGGUCUGUUGAAAAACAUGACCGCCAGUGGGCGGGGCAGUUUUCCUUAUUUGGCUAUAGAGAAACCUUGUAAACACUCAAGAGGCCACAUUUCUAGGUACAAAUCUUACAAAAACUUUAUAAACAUACGUAGAAUUAGCAUUAGUUGCAAAUGUUUGCAUUGCAAAAAAAACAUGCAAAUGGACAGUACUCAAUCAAAAUUAAUCAUAUGCUCACACUGCAAAAGUAAACAGAAGAGAACCAAUCUAAUAUGCUCUAGAGUUCUGAAUUUUCAACUACCGGUAAGCAAUGAAAAAGGCCUUGUACAUAAAAGUGAGCGAACUAGGGCCCUCUUGUUAUAUUUAUUUGUAUCCCUAAUGAAGACAUAGAUUUUUUUUACUAGUAUGCAGAAAACAUCAGGAAAUGAAUGGGGACACAUUUGGGGAAAACAAAAACUGUGUUCUAUUAUUUUUACUGUUUUAAAAUAUUGAUCAACCAUGGAUACAUCAUAAUAAUAGCAUUUCAACUAGCAAUACUGUAUGGUUAGGAAGGAACAAAAAUCACUGUUUCUUGGCUGUGUCACAGAUUCAUUUGUGCUUUACUGGUCAGUGUUGUUGCUAAGCAUUAUUUGGUGUAUAUGUAUCAUUCCAUAUUAAUUAAUUUCUUAACAUUCAAGGUUAAGUUAUUGUACUUAAUGCAUAAUAUAGUUCACAUCGUGUUACUGUUUUUGUCAAUCAUCUUGUUGCUUGAUAUCAACUGUUUUAAUAAAAUAUGUCCUCUAAAACUGCUUGGAGGAAAUAAAAUCUGCAAGAGUGGUCCUAGAGUGACCCUAUUACAAAAUACAUAGAUUUCUUGUGAUCAAUUCAACUACAUGGCUUCCCUUUAUUAUUCUCCCGCUAUGAAAGUGGAAAAAAGGGCUUAUAGUGUUAACGAUUACUGCGUGUGUGAUUGCAUGCGUGUGUUUGUGUUUUAUUUGCGUUGGACAUCAUGUAUCUGGAUCAUAUUAAUGUUUUAUGACAUUAUGGGGUUUCAAAAUGAUUUCUCCUUAUAUGUCUGUACUGAAGGUACAUGUUCAUGUCUGGCUCAUUACUUUGUUGUGCAGGAUGGGACUCCAAUAUAAACUAUAGACCAUAAUGAUCAUCAUACCAAGACGAUGUGUCACAUGCAACAAUUGGUCUUUGAUAAAAGGUCAAAUUCACGGUAGCCACGAGUAUUUUGCAUAGACCUUAUAUGCAUAUAUUGAAAAGAAAUGUUCCUGUACAUCCCAUAACUUUAUUUUAACAAUCCUUUGGAAAUAAAUUUGCACAAAUGGUUAUCAUUUCAAUAAGAUGUGUUAGUAGUUUUUGCAUAUUCGUGACAUGUAUAAAUUAAUGUGAAAGUACAUGAUCAUGUCAAGCUCAUGUCUAUGUUGUUCAUUAUGGAAUUUUAAAUAAAUUGUAACUAAUGAUCAUCAUUUUAAGACGGCGUAUCACAUGCAACGACCAUAUCCCUUGCUUCAAAGCCAAGGUUACAGUGGACACUUGUACUUUCCAAUGUUGAUACAGUCAAAGUACAUGUUUGUGUCUGGUCAAUAGCUUUGUGGCACAUUAUGGGAUAAUAAAUUGGCAGAGAUAUUAACUUAUCAGGACAAUAUGUCACAUAAAAUCCAGUUGAGUCCCUUCAAGGUCAAUGUCACACUGGACACUUGAAGUUUGUGCAUAGUGAAUAUAUGGUAAUAAUGAUAGUAGAUGUUCAUGUGACUUUCAAAUCUAUUUCUUCAAAGUGUAUUGGCAAAAUUUAAAAACAGAAUAUUUGUAUGCAUCAACUUUGGUGCCUGCUCAGGACAUUUUAUUUAGCAUAAUUAUUUGACUAUGAAGAGAUUUUUGAAAAUCUACAUAAACUUCUGCUCCUUUUUUGAGCAGCCCAGGGCCAUGUUGUAUGAUGUAAAUUACAUCGGCCGUUUUCAUAUCUUAUCUGAACAGCAAUACAUGUAUUUUGUAUGGGCAUUAAUGGAAAAGAUAUUGUUCCAUUUAUUUUAUUAUUGAAACUGCAUUAAUGUAACAACGGGACAAGUUUAUAAAUUGAAUUUUACAUACUGGUAAUGUGUUGAUGUUAUGUAUUUAAGAUUACAGAUUUUGUAUGAGUUUUAUUAUGUAUUAAAUACUAAAAUAUGUGUCACAUAAUUUAAAUAUGCUGAUAUUAAUACAGAAUUAAUACAGAACUUCUUCAAAAGUAAAUGAUACAAAAUUGCAAAGGAUUGGGAAACAGUUUGUUAAGGGGAUUACACAACUACUGGUAAUCAAGACAUAUUGAGUAGUUAUUGUCCCCUACCGGUUAAACCAGAGGGGACUUAUGGUUUGCACUCAGUGUGUCCGUGAGUCUGUCAGUCAGUCAGUCAGUCAGUCUGUCACACUUUUCUGGAUCCUGCUAUAACUCCAUAAGUUCUUCAUAUUUUUUCAUGAAACUUGAAACAUGGAUAGAUGGCAUUAUGGAGAUUAUGCACGUCAUUUCAUUUUGUUCCUAUGUCAAAAAUUCUGGUUGCUAUGGCAACAAAUAUAUAUAUUUUUUAAAUCUGACGAUGGUGGAGUUUCACCGGUAGGGGACCAUAUUGCUUGACAAUAGUCUUGUAAUUCAUCACUUUACAGGAUUGUGAACAUGAAGCUUUAUAUGAUAUUUAUAUUGAAAUUGUAUUCAAACAAUUAGCCAAUCACAUGGUCAGAGGCAGAUAUUUACAAUGUGCAACAUUACUUUUAUAUAAUUGUAAUGGUCUCAAAACGUUGGUAGUAAUUAAUUAUACAUUUUUUCUCAUGAAGUGAGAAUUUCACCUUCUGAAAAAAAUCGUACCAGUUUAAAUUGUAAGUUUAAAUAAUUGAACUUUUUCCCCCAAAUUGUAUUGUUUGUUGUUGUCAGUAAGUGUUUGACUAAAGGUGUGUUGUGAACAUGUUGUGUUAUUUUAUUUGGUGCAAAUGUACUUUCAUGUUAGCUCUGUAUUGCAAUUAAAUGUUCUUUCAAAUGCC